GUGUUAUUGUUUAUUGAUAGGCCUCUGUCUGAUGAUAGCGCGUGCUUCGAAGAAAUGGCUAUUGAGAUAGAAUCGGCAGACGUUGUCCGACUUAUCGAACAAUAUUUUAAAGAAUGUAAUCUACUAAAAUCUCUACAAGUGUUGCAGGAGGAAACUGGCAUAUCACUCAACACAGUCGAUUCAGUUGAAGGAUUUAUGACCGAGAUUACCAGUGGUCAUUGGGAUACUGUGUUACAAGUCGUACAAAACUUGAAACUGCCUGAUCAUAAGCUCAUGGACUUGUACGAACAGAUUGUCAUAGAGUUAGUCGAGCUACGUGAAUUGGGUGCUGCCAGAACUUUAUUACGUCAGACUGAUCCAAUGAUAGCUUUAAAACAAGCAUAUCCUGAGAGGUAUGCACAUCUUGAGAACCUGUUGGCCCGAUCGUAUUUCGAUCCACGUGAAGUAAUUCUGCUUAUUUAAAUUUAUUUUUAGGCUUAUUUGGAAGGACAGUCCAAGGAAAAGCGUCGACAAGCCAUAGCCGCCUCACUUUCCGGAGAUGUUAACGUGGUUGCACCUUCACGACUUCGAGCACUUUUAAGCCAAGCAUUGAAAUGGCAGCAACAUCAGGGCCUACUUCCCCCUGGUACUGCAAUUGAUGUUUUCCGUGGUAAAGCAGCCUUGAAAGAACUGGAAGACGAAAAACCCCCAGCUACAGUAGCUGUGACUAUUCGAGUUGGUCAAAAAUGUCAUGUAGAAUGUGCAAGAUUUAGUCCAGAUGGACAGUUCUUAGUAUCUGGUUCUUUGGAUGGUUUUAUUGAAGUAUGGAAUUUUACAACUGGUAAAUUACGAAAAGAUUUGAAGUAUCAAGCACAAGAUACAUUUAUGAUGAUGGAAGACACUGUACUAUGUUUAGCAUUUAGUCGUGAUUCGGAAUUGUUAGCAGCUGGUUCAAGUGAUGGUCUAGUAAAAAUAUGGCGUAUCCAAUAUGGUCAGUGCAUUCGAAGAAUAGAAAAGGCCCAUCAGAAAGGAGUUACUGCCAUACAAUUUUCCCGAGAUAAUAUAAAUGUUUUAACAGCUAGUUUUGAUCACAUGAUCAGAACAUAUUCAGUCAAAUCAGGCAAAAUGCUACGUGAAUUUAUUGGUCAUACUGGAGUUGUAAAUUGUCUGGUAUUCUUACCAGAUGGUGACCAUUUUCUUAGUGGAAGUUCUGAUGGAUCUGUAAAGAUUUGGUCAUAUCGUAGCGGUGAAUGUAUAAAUAGUUUUAAGACUGUUUCUAGCUUACUUGGACGUGAAGUACCUAUUCACUCCAUUAUCUUGUUCCCACAAGAUCCAGAUCAUUUUCUUGUUGGUAGUCGUUCAAAUACUGUUGCUAUAAUGAAUGCUCAAGGUCAAGUUGUACAAAGUUUCACUAAUAAUAAACGUGAAAAUGGAGAUAUUGUUGAUUGUACAUUUAGUGGACGAGGUGAAUGGAUUUAUUGUGUAGCUGAAGAUCAGUCAUUGUAUUGUUUCAGUGUUAGAUCUGGUGGAAAAUUAGAGCAUACUUUACAUGUUCAUGAUAAAAGUAUUAUUGGAUGUGCUCAUCAUCCACAUCAGAAUUUAUUAGCAACAUAUGCAGAAGAUGGUUUAUUAAAACUUUGGAAACCUUAAUUUAUCGUUUAAAAGAGUGUUUUCUCUUGUACAAAUUUUUUUUUUAGUUUUUUCAAACAAAAAUAUAAAAAAACUUACUUCACACACUACCA